UACAUAUAAGUGUGUAUGUAGCGUUCCCCACCGCGCAAGGCAUAAAGAGUAACAGCGGUCAGGCCCCCUUGAAACCAGUUGAGAGGUGACAUCGAACGUGCGAAGUGUACAGAAAUCAGUGAUAAAAAUGAGAGCUGCAACUUUGUUUUUAUUUGCGGCGAUGCUGGUUGUUGUUUCCUGUCGGCCAGACAAGCCCGACUUGAAACAACUUAAGGCAGAGGCAGCUCGGAAGAAGGCUUGUAUGCACGAUUGCUCGUCCGUCAAAUCUGAACCAGUUUGCGCUGGAAAAAAGGACACGAAACCCAAAUCCUUUGGAAGCGAAUGCGUGAUGAAUAAUCACAACUGCGAACAUAAAGAUACUUUGCAAGUAUUAAGCAAGGGGGCGUGCGCUGGAUCCGAUGGAAUUCGUCUUUCUUAAUCUUAAAUCAUAAGUUUUUUUAUAUUCUUGAUGUAAUAAAAAUAACUGAAUAUUCAUAUAUAUUCAUACUAUUUAAGGCUUGCAACUAAACAAUAUAAUUAGAAAAGAACAAUGCAAUUGC